AUAGCCUCUUGCAGAGGAUGUAGUGCGCAGUAAACACUGCGUAGGGACACUGGACUGGAACGCGACGUUUUGAGACACGGUACAUCGCUCUCGUCACGUGAUCAGGUUAGUUUACGAAGCCGAAAUCAGCCACCCAGAUCCGCGAUGAUCUACUAAAAUGAUCGUGAUCUGCUGGACAAAUCUGUCAGACAGAAUAAUGACGACCGAACGACCUUCGGCGGUAUGGCUUACCUAAACGAGCCGACUCUUUUAAUGAUUUUUACUGUUUCGCGUUUUGGUCGGUGACACAUUUAUUAUUGGGACGCUACAGCAGAUCAGUGUGAAGCGGACAGAGACAAAGAGAAGGGCUUUCCAUAGCUAGAAUGCUCUGGGCCUAAAAGAAGCCAAGAGCUGAGUGGUUUGGUCCGCAGACAGACUGUAGCGCACCUCCCUAAGUCAGAUUUAUCUCAACUCCCAGGAAAUACGGCAGUGACGAUUGAAGUGUGAAAGCUGACUAUCAAGAAACUGUGCCUUAAAGUGGACGGUACUUAACAAGAGGGACCCGCAGCUGAAAAGCACCAUCGGGUUGUUUGGAGUUUGCUCUCAAUCCUCUUCCAAUGGUUCAUUGGUUGAGGCCAUGGCCUCUCAGUCAGGCAACAUGAACCGUGAAGACCGGAAUGUGCUCCGUAUGAAAGAAAGGGAAAGGAGAAAUCAGGAACUUCAUCAGGGAGGAGAGGUCUUCCCAGCUAACUCCCCCCUCUUCCCUGAACCUAUUAAAGUUUCUUGCAAGGAAGAUAAACUUUCGAGUCGCAUCCAGAGCAUGCUUGGAAAUUACGACGAGAUGAAGGAAACCAUCGGCGAACCCCCAAUGUCAAAACUCAUUCCCAAAGCAUCCAAUAGUACCUCAGAAGAUAAGUCUGGUCAGUCGCUGUACGCCGACCAGCGCGGAGGCUCCCAGAGCCAGAACAGCAAAUGGACUCCCGUCGGCCCGGCUCCUGGAGCUUCAUCCUCUUCUGCCUCGGGCUCUUCCACAUCAACAUCCACCUCCUCGCAGAAACGCUCAUCCAUGCAGGGCGGCCAUGGCGGCAGCCAGCGUAGCAGCGGUAGCGGCCAGCGCCACGAGCGAGAAUACAGCAGCGGAAGCAAGAAGUCCAGUAAGCACAGCUCCGAGCACAAGUCCCACUCGACCUCCAGCCCGGCCAAGGGAUCGUUGAGCUCCAGCAGCCACUCACGCUCGCUGGCAGCCGAUCAUAAGGAACGCUACCGGAAGUCUCCGAGGGACCGGGAGGUGAAUUGGGAUUCACCCUCAAGGAUUCCUUCUUUCUCGAGCAGCCAACAUCCCAGCCAGGCUUUCCCGCCCUCGCUCAUUAAGCCCAAUCCUAUGAUUCAGAAACCCACAGCCUAUGUGCGCCCCAUGGACGGUCAAGAGACCGCCGAGCCCAAGACUUCCUCUGAGUCUUACGGCAGUCAGUCACACAGCAGUUCGGUGGCAGAAAUGAAGCCCAACGGCAAGGCUUCCCUCACCAAGCUGAAGAUUCCAACACAGCCCGUAGAUGGUUCAAUGGGAGGAGAUGCAAGCUGUGUUGAUGAGAUUUUAAAGGAAAUGACUGGGGUCUGGCCUCCUCCACUAACAGCCAUUCACACACCCUGCAAGGCCGAACCUUCAAAGUUUCCCUUUUCCACUGCUAAGGAUGCCCAGCACCCAUCUUUCGGGGCUCACAAGAAAAUCUCAGGGAAGAGCGCAUCCACCAGUCACCCAUCAAAGCCAUCCGAAAGCGAACAGUCAAACACGCUCCAAGAUGACCUGAAGCUCAGCAGCAGUGAGGACAGCGAUGGAGAAGAUCAUGCAAAAAACGCAUCCAGAAACACCUCUGCAAGUAACAACAGUAAUAACAGCGAGCCUGCCGAGCGAGAAGACACCAGCAGUCACAGCGGUUCGGAGAGCAGCUCCGGUUCUGACAGCGAGAGCGAAAGCAGCUCCACGGACAGCGAGACCAACGAACCUCCUCGUGCCGCCUCGCCUGAGCGUGAACAACCCACAGCAAAUAAAUGGCAGUUGGACAACUGGUUCAAGAAAGUCAACAAGUUGUCCCCAGCGUCUCCGGUGGAGAACAGCAGCACAACACCAACAAAGUAUAAGAGAGAAGGGCGAGAAACCAGCUCGGGCAGGAACUACAGCGGGCCGGGUUCUAAAGACACGACCCCCGCCACAGGACGAGACCUGCGGCCCCCCCAGAAGAGCUCCGAAAGCUCCCGAGGGCGACAAAAGUCCCCUGCUCAAAGCGAAGGCGGAAGUCAAGUUGGACGGCGGGUAGUUGGCAAAAAGCAGCCCAAGAAGCCUGUUAAGCCGCCAGUGGUGGAAGAGCCGAAGGGUGGGCUGAAAGUGGAGACCGAACCCUCACCCGAGAUUCCGUCGCACAGGGCCCGCGCCGCCAACAAGGGUCCCCGCAAACCCAACAUCAAAAAGGAGCCCAAAACCUCCUCGCCUCGGCCCGCGCAGGACAAACGCAAAAACAAAGCACCCAGCAAGAUGCCCCAGAAGUCCCGUGAGUUUGUGGAAUCCGACUCGUCGUCUUCAGACUCGGAGGGCAACGAAAGCGCCCGCUCUUCUUCGCAAACGCCGAGAGAGCCGUUCGCCGAGGAACAAUCUGUUCUGUUCUCGUCUGUGCUUUCUCCACUGAGUGAGCCAGAGGAGCGGGUGCACAGACUCCUGGUUCAGAUAGACCUCAAUCUGCUAUCCAGAGUACCAGGGCGACUUUACAAAGACGUAGAGGUGAAAGUGGAGCAGGACUCUCCAGUGGAGGGAAAGGAUUUCCAGAAGCAGUCUGGAGAAAAAGUGGCCAGCAAGGGCAAGAGGAAACACAAGAAUGAUGAUGAUGGUGUCAAACCUGACAGUAAGAAAUCCAAACAGGAGGAGAAGUCAUCACAUAAAUCAAGCAGUAAAGAGUCAUCGAAGCGCACUCAGGAGAAGGAUUCUGCGCCCUCACCCUCCAUCACGAUACAGCGGACGCCCAGGUCUGAUCAGUCGGGUCGUAAGAGGACUCUGAGCCAGUCCUCAACCUCUAUACCCAGCAGUGGCAGCAGCAAAGACGGCAGUAAAAGCAGUUCCAGCUCAAAACACCGCAAAGGCGACGACAAACCUGUGCGUAGGGAUGCCAAGGAGAAAAGUUCUAAAACUGAGAAUCCUCCCACGGCGCCGUCUCUCUCUGACGGCUCCAAGUCAAGAUCCAAACUUCUGUUUGAGGACAGGGUUCAUUCUGCUGAUCACUACCUUCAAGAAGCGAAGAAACUGAAACACAACGCAGAUGCUCUGAUGGAACCCAAAACUGAACACAAAAAGAUGGACAGGUUCGAGAAGGCAGUGUAUUACCUAGAUGCUGUGGUUUCUUUCAUUGAAUGUGGAAACGCCCUGGAGAAAAGUGCACAGGAGGCCAAGUCCCCAUUCCCCAUGUAUGCAGAAACUGUGGAGCUCAUCAAGUACACUAUGAAGCUAAAGAGCUACAUGGCUCCAGACGCUACCUCUGCAGAUAAACGACUAGCAGUGCUGUGUCUGAGGUGUCAGGCUUUACUUUAUCUGAGGCUGUUCAAACUACGAAAAGAAAGCGCACUGAAAUACUCUAAGACUCUUACUGAACACUUGAAGAAUUCGUUGAGUAAUACCCAAGCUCCGUCUCCUGGAGUGGCAAAUAAAACAGCGGGAAUGCCGUCUCCGGUCUCUCCUAAGCUCUCUCCGGGAAGUGCCGGCAGCUACUCUUCCACUGGAUCCAGUCAGAGCACCAGCUCCUCGGUCACCAUCCCCCAGCGUAUCCACCAGAUGGCAGCCAGCUACGUGCAGGUCACCUCCAACUUCCUCUAUGCCACUGAAGUGUGGGACCAGGCUGAGCAGCUUGCCAAAGAGCAGAAAGAAUUUUUUGCUGAACUGGAUAAGGUUAUGACCCCACUACUCUUCAACACCAGCAGUAUGACUGAACUGGUCCGGUACACACGGCAAGGCUUGCACUGGCUGCGACUUGACGCCAAGCUCAUACAGUAGACGCUCGCCGUGGCCACGUGCUUAUCCGUAGCCCUCUCUAUGCCUACGCAAAACACUCACUUUAUCUGCCUCAGAAAUCUCUGUGACACUGUGUUCAUUUCUACACCAGCUUGCCAAAACAUUAAAACACUCAGCGCCCGCUCCUCCGUGAUGAACCCUAUGAAUUUCAGAAGAGGAGACGGCCAACAGAACAUUCAUACACUGCAUUGUCCGGUUCAUAUCAUUGGCUUGUUUCAGACAAAAAGCCAUCUUCGUACUUUUGCUUGUAGUUUAUUUGGGUCUUUCCCUAAUUUUUUUAUAUCUUCAUUUUCUAUCUGUAAGCAAACAAAAAUAAUCAUUUGGAAGUUUAUAGCUUUUUAUUUCAACCAAAGUACCUCCCUUUAACCAAAGGUGCUUUAAAAAAUCUCCUUUUAUCAUUUUAUUGUGCCUUGUAUUUCAUAUACAGGAAACUAAGUGAUACAGUAUCUUGAGAAAACACAUCUAAAGAGUUUUGACGUAAGGGUGAGGGAGUUGGGGCGUUUUGACAGAGGGACAAAUGGCCCAGGGCGGAGUUGUGGGUUGCCAAAGGGUUUUACAUGAAAUAUGAAGAGAACAGCGUGUACGUACAAUACAUGUAGAUGGAUAUCACGACAUGCACAAAACGUCAUAUUGACUGUGUUAAAUGAUCAAAUGUUUUUUUUUUCUUGAUCGUAGUUGCAUACGAGACCAAAAGGCUGUAAAGCACCAUAUGAAAGCAUUAUUAUUAUUAUUAUUCCUAAUGUGUUUUAUUUUCGGCCUGGCUCGCUCGCAUCUUUUCUCUCAUCGUCGUGUUUUACCAGAAGCCAAUUGGCAAAUAAACAGCCAAUAAAAUCAUUGUUACACCCUGCUGGAUUUUCUAUACGUCAGUACCGCAGUUUCCCAGGCCGUGAGUUUUAUACAAAAUGUAGCACUCGUGUAGGUGUCGGUCUCUCUCGCCAUAGAUUUUCUGGUGUUAAACGCAGGAGUAUUUUCUUACCACGGCUGUCCCGUUCAGCCUAAUAUAGAUUUUAUUUAGAUUACUACAGAUGGCUUCAUUCUAAGUUGUGUUUUCACUCGGCAUGGAUACAGGGUUGCAAUAACAGAUGAGACGUAUUUCUAUUGUAUAUGAAAAUAUCAUAUUUAAAUAUUUAAUGUGAGUCUUGAAGUUGCCUUUAUAGUGUCAUAGUCACCUGUGUGUUGCAGUUCUUUUAAAAGAAACGAGUCACGUAAGGAUAUAUUUAUAAUGCUGUCGAUAACAGUGGUUUCUAUAUGUACAUAAUACAUGAUGUGAUUUGAACGUAGAUUGACUCGCAACCCAUACGCAUCGCUCCACCUACGGCAACCUACGCAGUAAAUCUGAUUGAUACUUCGAGAGCUUUCACAAUAAAACAAAAGAGGAAAAUGGUUACGAUCGAUCCACAAUCUAUGAAAUGCUGGAAAUAUGUCGUCUCUUGCACUAGAAUCUGUUUUUUUCAUUGGCUCCCUGUUUUGUCCGUAGGGAUGAACUGUUUUCUUUUCGCCUAUGCAGAUGUGCGGUAGCUAAAAACAAGUGCUCGUAUGAUAUCAUCGGAUGAAAUAAUAAUGAGGUUCUGGAUUUAUCACUAACGUGCUUGCAAUUGCGAAUCGUUAUUAUUUUCAGAUUUUGACUGCUAACAGAAGUCGGUUUAGUAUCGUAUGGGACGGGGGUUUGUCAGCUGUGCUUUUAUGUAAAUUAAUUCAUGCACUAAUGUGAUUUUUAUGUACCAGAAUCAUGAUUUAAAGCAACUGCGUGUGAAUAGAGGUUCGUUCAAAUAGCCUUUAUGCUUCUUGACACAUGAAUUUGUCGUGAUGCGUGUCCUGUAUGUUGUUUUUAUUUCUUUUAAUGUUUUUAUCUUUUCUACUAGACUUCAUGACCGUGCUGUUAGAAGAUUAGAUUGAUUCAAAUCCAUCUUUAAUUUUCUUGAUGAUAUAACUUUAUCCAGGGUAAAAUGCUUUUCUUUUGUCCUAUUGAAAAAUAACACUUGCAUGUUUCUAUUUAAAUAAUAUGCUGUACAAAUGUACAUAAUGAGUCUCUUUUAGGGUAAAUUUUUACAACGGUUUAACAUUUGUAUUAAUUGUAAAUAGAAUGUGAAUAUAUUAUAUGCACAUUUUCAUUACUGUAAGCCCUGAUAUUUUUUUUUUUAAGUCAUUGACACUUUCGACGAAACACUGUAUGUUAGUAAUAUCGGUACAGUUGUUUUUCGCAAGUUGUCAUCAUUGUACUGAUUUACUUUAUUUUUAUUCAGCUGACGGUGUUGGUCUGUUUUGAUGAAAUGGGAUGACCUUCCCUGAACAUCCUAAAAAACUACCAAUAGUGAUGUAGGACAGCUGUUGUCUAUAUAAACUUUAUCCACGAGACCUCCCAAGAAAGGCGUUUUAUUACGCUGAGCAGGUCCAGAUGUCUAUGUAGUACUCGUUUUUAUAAUGAUCUCAAAACAAUCAUUGGCAAAGACAGUAUAGUUCAGAUCAGUUUAGUUUUAAAAGUAUUGAGAAGAGAUUGACAAAAGAAAUCUACAUAUAUAUAUAUUCGUAUUAUGGAUGCAAUAUGAGCUAUGAUUUAAAAAGGUACUCUUAUGAGCCUCGAUUAUCCAAACUUGUAAUAACUUGUAAUUUAAACAUUUUUGUGAAGUAUUACUAAUGGAUUUUCCGAGUCUGUUGAAUCAUCUUUGUAUUUUGCUGUAUCGAGAAUAAAAUCUAUAUGAUUACAGAA